AUGACGACUGCGGAAACCGUCAAGGAUGUCUCUCCGCACGAUUCUGUCAAAUCAUAUGCCUCCCACCUCAAGCGCUCGGGGAAGAUGGAGCUGCCCGACUGGACUAAUUUGGUAAAAAUUGAUGUCCUGAAAGAGCUUGCACCAUAUGAUCCUGAUUGGUACUACAUAACGACUGCUUCCAGGGUUCGAAAGAUCUACUUGAGGGGAGGACUUGGUGUUGGUGCCUUCCGAAGGAUUUAUGGUGGAAGCAAGAGGAAUGGCAGUCGUCCGUCCCAUUUUUGCAAGAGCAGUGGGUCUGUGGCUUCGCCACCCGCCACACUCGCGGAGUUCAAGCUCGACGGCGCCGACGGGAAGGACUUCUUCGACGUGAGCCUCGUCGACGGGUACAACCUGCCGAUGCUGGUGGUGCCGCAGGGGGGUUCGGGGGAUAACUGCACGAGCACGGGAUGCGCGGCGGACCUGAACGGCGCCGCGUGCCCGGCGGAUCUGCGCGUGGAGGGCGGCGGCGCGUGCAUGAGCGCGUGCGAUCGGUUCGGGAAGGAGGAGUACUGCUGCAGCGGCGCGUACGACAGCCCCGCCAUCUGCAAGCCGUCGGAGUACUCGAUAACGUUCAAGCGCGCGUGCCCUAGCGCGUACAGCUAUGCGUUCGACGACGCGUCCAGUACCUUCACAUGUACCGGGGCCGACUACACCAUAACGUUCUGCCCGGCGCCGAAUACGAGCAAAAAAUCGUCUGGAGUGCCGAUCCCAGGAUCCGGAGGCGGUGACAGUAGCAGUAAUUUACCGUUCGACGGCAACAUGGUCUAUGAGGGCGCGUACGAAACAAGCUCGGCAUCGAUUCGCACGCGUGCGCGUGUGCUAACCGGAGCUAUCUCCUUCACGGCGGCUGCGUGGCUGUUGGGCCUUCACCGUCUCUUCUGA